CGUUCGGACGUUCCGCCUUCCGCCUGUUGUGACUCUCGCCUCGUUCGGCUUCCUUCGCACGCGUUCUCUACCACAUCUCCGUGCAGCGCCGGUUGGUGUACUUUAAUUCGUUUACUUGCCAGUACACUCGAGUCUCAUCUCUCUCGCACGGCAGCCUCUCAGCUGGAGUACGAAUCCUGUCUCCUGCGUCCUGUGAUUCCUUGUGCUUUGUGCCUACCGUGAUAAACAGUGACAACCUCCGUGUGGGUUCCGUAUCAACGAGCACGAGCACCGCAACCCCAACAAAACGGAUCCCAACGAGAUGUCGACCAACCGUGCCCCGAAAUCUGGGUUUGCCGCCGAAGCGCAGCGAAAGAUCAACUCCAAGUACAGCGAGGAGUUGGCCGCCGAGUGUCUGGAAUGGAUCAAGGAGGUAACCGGUGAGCCGAUCAACACGUCCGGCGAUAUGGACAACUUCUACGAGGUGCUGAAGGACGGCACCGUCCUCUGCACGCUCGUCAACGCGAUCGAGGCGGGCACGGUGAAGAAGGUCAACACCAGCAAGAUGGCAUUUAAGUGCAUGGAGAACAUUUCCGCCUUCCUGGCCGCGGCCGUCAAGUUCGGUGUGCCGCCCCAGGAGACCUUCCAGAGCGUGGAUCUGUGGGAGCGCCAGAACCUCAACUCGGUCGUCAUCUGCAUCCAGUCGCUCGGCCGGAAGGCGGGCAAGUACGGCAAACCGUCGAUCGGACCGAAGGAAGCGGAUAAGAACGAGCGUCAGUUUAGCGACGAACAACUGCGGGCCGGCCAGACCGUCAUUUCGCUGCAGUACGGCUCGAACAAGGGUGCUACCCAGAGUGGUAUCAAUUUCGGCAACACCAGACACAUGUAAGCGGUGCGGCACCAACCACCGCAAGCGAGCGGGAGACAUGCUCGGCCACCGAACGCGCGAUGGCCACGCGUUUCCGAUGUCUGUUUAAGCUUGACGUAAACGAGCGAACGUUUUUUAGCCACGUAAGAACUCAGUUAGAGGGUAGUGAACGGUAGAAGUUAAAUCAUCCAAUCAACCCUGGAUACGCACUCACGCAUCCCUCAUAGCGGCCUGUAAACAGUGCCCGGAAGCACCGAUCUUCCGAAGAGUAAACAGCUGCAAGCGUAAACACGAUCCGAAUAUUUACCGCUUUCCGGUUGGUAGGGCCAAGGCCGAAUUCUUCACUAGAACGCAGCGCUAGGCGGGGAGACAGACACAUGAUUAAUUACCCAUCAGACGAUAGGAUCAAACGAUCGACGAUCGGUUUUCAGAAAGUGCAUUUGAAGCGGAAACGAAAUUAGACGAGUAGAAAUUGAACGUACCUUUUUAACCGAAAACAAACAAAACUAGAGCGCCUUAACAUUGAGAGACUUUUUCAUUGGCUUAGUCAAGGUAGAAGCAAGGAAAACUAUUUACUCAAAAGUGAACCUUUUUACACACACGACGAUGUAUUUCUCAAACUUAGUCACUGUUAUCAUUCCAACUCGAUAGCGUAUAUUAGAGCGAGAAGGAUAUAGAUAUUCAUCGACAGUUAUGCAUUCCAUAAAGAGUUACAUUUACAAAACAAGAAACGUAUCAUAAAAUAAAUACCAAUUGACCACUAGCGAGUUUAGCACCGUAGCCUUUCCUCCAUUAGAAAGGAUGGAUGGAUCAUAACCAUUUACAGACGACAUCCAUUAGGUCAAGCCGAACAUGGGCGGAAGAACAUCGGUUCGCAAUGAAAAGCAGGACAUUUUGGUUUACCAGACGCGAAGGAAAAGAUAAAGUUAGCAAAAACAACGAUAAUCACUCUGUCGGGUUGAGUAGGUAAACCUCGUUACAAACAGGUAGUCUCGUUAAGCACAGUCGUCCUGUUUAGGCUGAUACAUGAAUAUUUUUAGGACUCUUAGGAUUUCGAAUGCAGUUUAAAAUUCGUAAAACCUGUUCGGUUCUAUCUGAUUCGAAAUUCACUCGGAGUAGCGACUCGAGAUAUGUUAACACUUUACAAAAAAACGAAAAUCUACAAUUUCUUUUUUAAAAUACUGUAAACGAUAUCGCCUUUAUGCCUUAAACUGUUUGUUUUUAUUCUUGUUUGGUUUUUGCGCGCAUUUGAGAUUGGCCUCAACGCGACGGAGAUCGUAAAUUAUUGACAGUUUACUUUAUGAUGUAUUUUUGUUUAAUGUAAUCGUUAAAACAGUAAGUUAUUGCCUAAUAAAGCGAAAACGAAACGAGCAAAA